AGCAAUAAAAUUAAAAAUUUCAAUUUACAUAUAGCGCAAUAUCUGUGACAAAAAUAUGAGUUAACCUAAUGUUGUUCAAUGUCAUUUUUUAGGUCACAGACAUAGACGGUAGACAACAUGAAUGUUCCUAAUAAUUAAUGAAAAACUAAGAAAGCAAUAUGUAAAAAUGGUUUAGAUAUAUUUGAUGUUUUAUACGUAAUUUCAUUGAGAUAAUAAUUGAAAUAUCAUAGGUUUUCAAAAGUGAACUGCAGAUAAAAUACUAUUUUAUAAAAAUGUCUAUUAUAUUACGAACAGUGUUAUUUAAACCUCACAUUAAUUAUUCAAGAAACCCAAGGAAUUCACUAUUAGUGUUUGUGUCAAAACACAGAAGUAAACCAUUCAACAUAACUAAAAGAAAAUUGAAUGACAAUGUUCAAAAAUCUACCAUAAGUAAUACUUCUACCUCAAGAAUCUUGCCAUCUAUUUUAAAAUUUGGUUUCAGUAGCUUAGGAGGAAUAGCAACUGCAUGCUUGCUAAAGUCCCAAAAUUCUAUUGUACAAAGUAAAUCACUUAAACUUUCAAAAGAUGUUAAACAUGAUGACAAAGAAUUAAGUUUUAAAUGGAAAAAAUUUUUAACAUAUCUAUAUCCAUAUUUUUGGCAAUUAUUGGUAGCAUUAUCAAGUGCCCUGAUUGUUGCUAUUUUAAACAUUUGGAUCCCACAAGGUGUGGGUAAUGUUAUAAAUGUGUUAACACAAGUUUAUCAAAGUAAAGGAGAUGAUGUCAGAAAUAUGCUCAGCCAGCUUACAGAGCCUGCAUUUGCAAUGGCUCGUUUGUAUAUUGCUCAAGCAUUUUUUACAUUUGUGUACAUCUAUACACUUUCUCACGUGGGUGAAAGGAUAGCGAUGAAUUUACGACACGAUUUGUUCAAAUCAAUAAUAAUGCAAGAUAUCACGUUUUUCGAUAAAAAUCGUAGUGGUGAAAUAGUAAGUCGACUAACCACUGAUAUACAAGAUUUUAAAAGCACUUUUAAAAUUUGUAUAUCACAAGGUUUGAGAAGUUUUACACAAAUCAUUGGAUGUGUAGUAUCUGUAAUAAUGAUUUCACCACAACUGACCACUGCUAUGGUACUGUCUAUGUCCUCUAUAAUUCUUGUUGGUUCAGUGCUUGGGAAAAGUUUACGAAAAUUAUCAAUAGAAGCACAGAAUCAAGUUGCUAAAUCUACAGCUGUUUGCGAGGAAGCUAUACAAAAUAUUAGAACGGUAAAAGCAUUUGCAGCAGAGGAGAAAGAAAUAGAAAUGUUUUCUGAAGAAGUUAAAAAAAGUUGUCAAUUAUAUGAAAAAUUAGGUUUUGGAAUUGGUAUGUUCCAAGCAGGAACAAAUUUGUUCCUAAAUGGGAUUUUACUUUGUACAUUAUAUUUUGGCGGACAUUUAUUGUCUACUGGACAAUUAUCUGCAGGAGACUUAAUGGCAUUUUUAAUGGCUACACAAACGAUACAAAGAUCUCUAUCUCAAUUAUCUCAGUUAUUUGGAACAUAUGUUAGAGGUAUUAGCGCUGGCGCUAGAAUAUUUGAGUACCUGGACCUACCGCCAUCACCAAUGAUGGUUAGCGGUGAAAUAAUCACAGAUCAGUCUCUUGCAGGAAAUAUAACUUUUAAAGAUGUGAAAUUUAGGUAUCCUACUAGACCAGACCAUGUUAUAUUAAAGCAUUUUAACUUACACAUUCCUGCCGGAAAGACGGUAGCUAUUGUUGGCUCCAGCGGUAAUGGGAAGUCGACGAUAGCCACGUUGCUAGAAAGAUUUUAUGAUGUUAACGAGGGAGCAAUUAUGAUUGACGGUAAAGACUUAAGGUCGCUCAAUGCUCAGUACCUCAGAGGUAACGUUUUAGGAUAUAUAGAUCAAGAACCUAUUUUAUUUGCUACCAGUAUUAUGGAAAAUAUACGAUAUGGAAAGCCUGAUGCUACAAAUGAAAAUGUUGUUGAAGCUGCCAAAGAAGCAAAUGCUCAUGAAUUUAUCAUGAAGUUCCCGAACGAGUAUGAUACACAAGUUGGUGAAAGAGGAACACAAUUAUCUGGAGGUCAAAAGCAGCGUAUCGCUAUUGCACGAGCUUUGCUUAAAAGGCCGUCCAUUCUAAUUUUGGAUGAAGCUACAAGUGCAUUAGAUUACGAGAGUGAAAGAAUCGUCCAAAAGGCACUAGAAAAUGUUGUACGUGGUAGAACAGUUUUAGUAAUUGCUCAUAGGUUGAGUACAAUUAAAAAUGCUGAUAUGAUCGUUGUUCUACAACGUGGAUCGAUCGCAGAAAUGGGUACCCACGCAGAUCUAAUAAAAAAGAAGGGACUAUAUUAUACUUUAGUAAACGAACAAGAUAGAGAAAACAAAUGAUGUUAGUGAAAUUCUAGACUAUAAUACAAUUAUUGAAAUAACUAUUUAUUUAUGUAGGGAAUGUUAGGUGGACUACCUCAGGGUUUAAUAUGUACACACUUAUAAAUAUACGCGUAUCUUAUUAAGUGUACAUAAUUUAUUUCUUACAGCUAUCGUAUUUAAUAAGUUACUGUACAAAUAUUGAAAUGAAUAUUAUACUUAUGUUUUCUAAAUAAUUUUCAGCUUUGAACUCUACUUAAUAUGUCUAUCAAGUGUCGGUCAAUCGUAUCAAUGAUACUUAAUACUGCUGACAUAAUUGGUAAUAUAACGUUCGCUGAUAUUCUUCCUCUGGAAUGUAUCGCUCUCAGCAUGGUCAUAAAUUCUUUUUCUCUUAUAUCAUUUUCUUUCGACGUAGUGUUCUGCUUAUCUGCAAUCAAAGAAUGCAACCGGUUAUUAUGUGAUUCUGAACUGAAGAGGUUCGUUUUUUUACUUACUGUUUUCAGAAUUCGAUACUAUCGUAGAUGGACUUGAGACGUUGUUUGUGUUAAAAUUAGCUGACGGUUCUUGAACAUUAUUAGCCGUUAAUAUUGUAGUGGUCGGUAAAAAUGUAGGUUCUGUAUUUGCAUCGUUAAAACUUAUUGUUGAUAAUACAUUACUGUUUUCAUUUUCGUUUAAAGACACUUUUGUAAUUGCAGCUGAAUCAGUAAAUUCCAUUUCUGUAGUUUGAAUUUCGGUGCUACCAGUUGAUAAAUCAGCCGGUGCCAUUGUUGAAGCAGCGGUAACUUCUGUAGCCUCAACAGUGGAUUCUUCGACAACUUUUUCUGUUACUACCAUACCGAUUUCUGUAUUAGAAGUUAUUAAGUCAACUAUUGAAGUUUCUGUAACAGCUUCAAUAGUUGAUCCUUCAACAGAUUUUUCUGUUUCAGGUGAACUGUCUAUAAUAGUAGUAGUUUCUGUAAAGAGAUUAAUUUCCUCGUUAGGUACAAGUUCCUGCUCGUUUGUUGCUGAAUACGCAGUAGAAGUUUCGGUAUCUAAAGAAUGCAACGUACUCGAAGCACGUUCUGUCGAAGCAGUUAAAUCAACAUGAACAGUUACUUCUGUAAAUUCAGUGGACGUGAAAUCAUUAAAGGAAAAAGUGGACGUAGCUGGAUGAGAAGCUGCACAUUUUUGUUUCCACGUUGUAUGCCAUAUCUUUUGGACAACUGAAGAUACUGUGGAACAUCCUGUGCCCAUUUGUUUCACAAGUGUAGAACAAGGUGCAAUCAUCUGGUACCGGAAACGAACCAGGCUUCUUGCAUUCAGGAAGUUGAAUGGAUUCAAAUGUUUCUAAAUUUGGUUGAACGGUGGAGGAGAUUAAUCUAUUCGGAUCGAUGUUGACGCAUUUUUGUAGACGACUCUCAAAAUGUUGUCCUUGGAGGCAUUGGGCCAAAAUUGUUUUAUUAUCUUUGCAAAUGUAAUAGUACCCGGGGUUGGUACAGUGAGGCUGCAAAGUGUUAAUGCCACACGAAUUUGUACUAUUUAUGUAGAGUACUCUACCACCACCUGUUAUGCCUAAACAACGUCCCUCGUCUUCAUCAAAGUAUUGGUUGAGACUGCACGUUGGAGGAUCGGGUUUCAAUGCUCUAGCGUACCUAUGGGCUCUUCUGUGUGCGAUAUUUUUGUUUGGAGCAUCAAUAUCCUGUAGAUAAGGAGGAAUACAUUUGUAAAGAGUUAUCUUUAGAACUUUUAAAAUAAUCAGAGUCCAGCCAAUUGGCUGACCAAUGGCGAGUAAAGUUAACUGAAACAGUAGAAGCAAAAUGAAACUCUUCAUAUUUGAUGCUUACAUCAAUUAAUUAGUAAGAACCGAAGAGAUUUCUUUCUUUCACUAUCCAGAUUGAUGGGCACACGCGUUAUUUCGUUUUCAAAAGUCUUAUGAUUCUCGCGGCAGCGCGUACCGACACUUUUAUAUCAAAGUCGUGCUCGAUAAUUAUUGUGCGUGAUAAGACUAUUCGAUUAACGUCACUUUUGGCGAUGAGCAAUUGUGUGCAAGUCCAAUAACUUCAUUCUCGCAAAAAAUGAUUUGAACGAAAUUUAAAUAUUGAUCAUUUAUUUACGAUGGUAAAAUGCAUCAAUGAGCACGUUUCAUAAUUCUGUAAACAAAAAUACAUGUCUAAAGUUAUUCAUAAUAGCGAGGAUAGAAGAUUAUUAUGUGAUUCCUCGGGAAAUGUGGCAAGGAGGAAGGCUAAAUAUUUAGAAAUAAAAACAAAUAUUUAUUACAC